AUGUUGCGCGGACGCAAUCUGUUCGCGCUCCAAGCGCGUCGAGGUCCGACCGAGCGGGUGCAGACAUUGACGCUGCUUGUGCACGUGCGGGAGCAGGAUCUAAGUCACUUUAACGGAAGGAGCGGGACAGCAGGAGCGCAACGUAUAGCGCGAUUGGUGGAGCUGCUGGACCGUGAUGAAGCGUUUCAAGCGCUUGUACAAGAGACGGACGACGUCCCGCGACAACUUGAGCAGCGAGUCAAGAGCAAGGGCAAAGACGAGACGCACACGUUCGAGCUCUCGGACGUGACAAUUCAGUGGCAGGUGGCAGACGAGUCGGGUCUUCCCUGCGUCUUGCAGCGUGUGCAAAGUGGCAGUGACGGAGCUAAGUCUUGGGGGCGAAACACGGCGGUCGGUAGUGUCGAAGCCACAGGGAAGUAUCGUCCGCUGCCUGUGCGACAGCUGGUCGUGGCUGUCUGGAUGUACCCGCCUCAUGUCGAGGUUGUCCUCACGGAGGAACGCACACCCGUUAGCGACGUCGUCAAGCAGGACUUCUUCGCUGAUAUGGACAAGGACAAUGACAGCGUGGAUGAGGAUCUGUUGGAAGAUUGUGGUGACUCGCGCUGA